AUGGAUACUUCAAUUAACACUACUCAACAGUCUAUGGAAUAAGCAAUGGUUUAUCAAGCAAACCAUCAAAUUAAUGCUUAGGUAAAUUAAGACAUACAAAAUUACCAUUAAUAGCUUAUGUAGAUAGCUUACUAGCAAUAAUUAGCUGCUUUGAAUUAAGUUAAGUUUGAUGUCCCUCCUAACUGGAUGAAUGAGCAAACAACUUUAAAAUAUGCUGAUGCCCUUUUAUGUAUUGGUUAAGAUUAGCUCUUUACAGAAACUAAUAUGUUUGGAAAAAUUGAAUUUAUAAGAAAUACUGGUUGCUGCUAUAUUGAUUGCAGCUGCUUCAAGAAUUGUUGUGCAGAACAUUUUGAAAGAGCCUUUUACUUUACAAAUAUCCCAAACUAGAGAUGCCCUAUUCAAAUAGAAAUGUGCUGCUACAAGACAUAACUAAUUAGAUAUAAAGGUGUUGUAAUCGGAAGAAUCGAAAGAUUAAUAAGUGGUAUUUGUUCUACUUCAAACAGAGUUAUAAUUAAGCCUAUUAAUGCCCAAAGAUCUCCUAUAAUAUUAGUUCCUAGAUGUAGUUUCUCAUAUUGCAUCAGAAAAAACCCAAGUAAAUAUUGUAAGUACCCAAUAACAAUAGAUAUAAUGAGAAACGGAAAUAUAAUCUCUGAAAUUACUAAUUCACAUUACGAAGAACCUAAAUGCUGUUGUUGUUCUUUUCUAUGCAGUUGCCCAUGGGAUCUUAAACAUGCUACUUAUUCUAAAGGUUUUAUUAAUUUUGGCAGCGAUAUGACAGAUGAUGAAAAGAUACUUGUUGUUUGCGGUUGGAUUAUUGAAUAAGCAUUUAUGACUAAUAUUUUGUGA